GCAAAGGCUAUAUAGCAUUAGAGAUCAAUUCUAUGUUUCUUCACUAUAUUUAUGUUUACAGGUUGGAGAGCCGUAGGAAACGACCGUUUGGCCCGAGACUUGAUUUUAGUGCUGAAGACGCUGUUCGACACCAGCUUGAUGCAUUGAAGUAUAAUGUCCAUCCUCGUGAUGAUUAUGGCAUUGAGGUCAUGUAUCGGUUUGCUGGAUUCGAUCCAUUCGAGAGAUCCACCUAUUUUGGUCCUUUCUUUGAUCUUGGACAGUUUGAGAGGUUUAGGCGUAUUUUUCAUCACUCGUCUUACCGUGUGUUGCUUGGUCACAAGGACAGAAAAAUCUUAAGCAGUUUGUUCGUGGAAGAGAAUCGUUUCAAGCAGAGGAUAUGGAUUCAGGGAAAUCGACCUGAGGAAGAAGAGAUAUUUGAAUUCACAAUGUUCCAGCGGAUAGGCGGUUCAUGGGAUGGUUAUUGGUUGACGGAAAGCUUGCUUCAUGACGGAGAUGUAUUUUCAGGAGGGUUGGCUUACUGAUUCAAAAGCUGAGCUUCAUCUCUUUUCUUGUGUUAUCGAUUUGUUCUGUCUGAUUAUAUGCGUGGUAAUGUGUGACACUGUCAUGUAAGUUAAUGUUAAUCUUAAACACGAUUAGAAUUAGAUGAUGCUGUGUGUAGUAAACAAAACGAAUGUAGUAGCUUCUUAUGAAUGCAAGUUGUAUAUUUAUGAAAUCCAGUUUUUUAUUGA